AUGGCCGCCGGAGUUUGGUCUUCGCACGAGGCUCGCGUUGAAUGCAUUCGACGCGCCUCGGACGCGUCGCGUGAACACCCGCGUCUGCUUCUAACCUCCACCACCUCGCCGGCGACUCUGUUGGAAGGGAUCUCGGUGUCACUCAUUAUCUUCAGCUGCCGUAUAAGACCGCAAUCUCUUGACUCGCCUGACAUGUCCAUCGCUGCACAGUUCGUUCGUCAGGGAAAGAAGAUUGUUGCUAUUGGCCGCAACUACGCGGACCACGUUAGCGAACUGAACAACAAGGUUCCCAAGGAGCCCUUCUUCUUCUUAAAGCCUACGUCCAGCUAUGUCCCGAACAACGGCUACAUCGAGAUCCCGAAGGGUGUGAUUGCGCACCAUGAGGUUGAGCUCGGACUUGUCAUUGGAAAGCGAGGACGCGAUAUUUCUCAAGCUAACGCCAUGGACUACAUCGCUGGCUACACGCUUGCGAAUGAUGUAACGGCCCGAAACAUGCAGAACGAUGUCAAGAGCAAAGGCCUGCCCUGGUCGGCGGCUAAGGGCUUUGACACGUUCACCCCGAUCGGUGACUUCAUUCCGAAGGAGAAAGUCCCGGACCCUCAGAACCUACACCUAUGGAUUAAGAUCAACGGACAGUUCAAGCAACGCGGCGCAACGAACGAAAUGAUCUUCCCCAUUCCGCGACUGAUUGAGCACAUCUCCAGUAUCAUGACGCUUGAGGAGGGUGAUCUCGUCCUGACAGGAACUCCUUCGGGUGUGGGCCCCUUCACGCCUGGCGACGAUAUCACCUGUGGUCUUGUCGACGCAACCAACGGCCAGAUCCUGGCAGAGUUGCAACACGGUGUCAAAUCGCGAGAGGGUGGAUAUGCUUUCAGCUCGGGAGCAUGA